GAUAUCUCGUACAAGUACACAGUACAUGCAGUACACGCAGUCUAUGUUACAGGUUAAGCUCGGAUCGUACAUGUACAUGUACGCACACGUAGCAUAAUGUGGCUGCGCUCUUUAAACUGCUUGUUUUAAAAUCAGCUGGUGGAGACUAAUUCCAUCAUUUGAUGGAUCUUUCAGCGAUGGUGGAAGGUAGAGCCAUGUCUCUAGUCCUGUAUUCAUGAGUUUGGAUUCAUCCAGGCGACUGUGAGUAGACGGAAAUUCAACUUGUUUUGCGUGGAGUUUUCGUUUGGAAAAGCCACUUGAGUACACAUUGCUUGCUGACGUUGACUUUAUUACUUUGUCAUCAUGGCGACCAAGAAGAAGGGUUUACACGGUGCCAAGCGACGAUCCAACUCAUCUCCUGAGUUACACCUUCAAGUUGAUGAUAGAGCAGCAUUGGAAGAUGGACUUGGUCAAAUUAGGAAAAAAGUGGACAGUGUCUGCAGUGGUGAAGAAGGUGCUAAAUCUUUGCAGGGGACAUUGAGGAGAUCUGAGUGUGAUAGCUCAGUAACUUGUGCAGAUGCCUCUGAACUAGUCUGCAAAAUGUCUGGUUUAGCAGCUGCUGCAACUGAGCGUGAUGUUGAACAACCAUGCAGUACAUGUGGGCAGACAGCAUCUGGGAGGGUAGCCAAGACCAUGGAACCAGCAGUAAGGCCCAAAAUUCGUAACUUUAAGUCAAGAAUGGGAAAAGUCAAGAAUUCACAGGAAGAGAGACGGCCUCCAGCAGAUCGGGUCAUUAUGACAGUUGAUGACAACAUGGACAGUGUACACUCAUCUAGCUCAGAGAUGGAAGAAACGGGAGGACUGGCCCCAAAACAAUCCAAGAGGCAAGGCUUUGGUCGUGUUGCCAGUGCACUUGUUGCGAAGUUCCGCCUCAAAACACACAGACAUCAACGUAGAGGUUCCACAAGUGACUCUGACUCCUCAUCAAGUGCCAAUGAGAUUAAGAUUGAAUCUCCUCGUCCUCGGUCUAAAUCAUUCAGUGGUCGUAUUAUGCGCAAGUUUGGCUCAAAGGAUAAGGCAGGCAUUGGGAGAGACUCACCUCGCCGUGAUAUGACGAGGAGAAAAGCACAAUCCCACGCUAGUCGCAUCCAGUCUUGUAUUGGAGUUGUCUUCACAGGAAAGGCAGCAGCAAAACAGAAGGGAAAGGCCUCAAAGAAUGAGAAUGAUGCUCAGAGACCACGGCGAUAUACUCCAGUCAUCAAUCUAGAUGAGUUCAACCCUGAUGAUUAUCCCAUAGAAAGUGAGGAUGACAUUCAGAGAGUCUUACGAGAACAAGAGAUCCGUGACGGUGUGGAUCCACCCCCAGGAUAUCAGCCACAUUUCUUUGCUGAGGCUGAAACCCAUCCUGAACCAUCUACAAAAGUUACUGAUGCAGAGAAACCCUAUCAUCAUACGAGUAAACUAACAGAAACGCCAUCUUGGAAUGGGUGUAGUGCCGUGGCCGCAGCAGCAACUCCUGUAGUACAAGGACCCAGUCACACCACAGCAAACAUCUACGAUCAGUAUGGUUCCCUGACACCAGAAGGGAACUACAUCCCCAGGACAGUACAUACACAGAUUGACUACAUGCACUGUCUGGUACCAGACCAGAAGAGUAUAAUGGGAAGCUCUUUCUACUGGGGUAAAAUUGACCGCUUUGAAGCAGAUCUACUCUUAGAGAACAAACCAGAGGGGACAUUCUUGUUACGUGACAGUGCACAUGAUGAGUUUGUUUUCUCUGUGAGUUUCCGUCGUUACGGACGCACCCUCCAUGCUAGAAUCGAACAAUGGAAACACAAAUUUAGUUUUGAUGCUCAUGACCCGGGAGUAUAUUCCUCACACACAAUCUGUGGUCUACUCAAACACUACAAGGACCCUAACUUCUGCAUGUUCUUUGAACCAAUGCUGACUAUCCCACUACCAAGACCGAAUCCACCUUCACUACAAGAACUUGCAAGAGCAACAAUCUGUUCGCACACAACAUACGAUGGCAUCACCCACAUGGCAUUACCGCGUACCCUGAAGGAGUAUGCGAGAGAGUACCAUUAUAAGCAGAGGGUUCGUAUGAGAAGGUUUGAGGUGCCUGAAAUGCCAGUAGUGGCUGAACAGAGAGUGGGGGUUAUUACCAAGACCUGUAUAUCCCGGUAAAUAGGAAAGUCUGUCAUUUUAAAACAAGACUACAAAGUACAAUCCCAGCAAACUCAUUCUAUUACACAGAAACUGGUACCGGUAAACAACUCAAUGUUUCAAGCAGAAGUAACGUUAUCUUUUCUUAUAAUAUUAAUCUUGUCCUGUGUGUAUGGAUAAAAUUUGUCAAAUUUGUUAUGCCUCUCAAUUCUCGAAAAAGUGUCGGCCCAAUUGGGGAUUUUAGAGGUUUGAUUUCUAAUUAAAAAUAUUAAAUGUACUGAAACAUUAACAUGAUCUUACAGCACCACUGGACUUUUGUUUUGGUUUGUAAUGAAGUAAGAGGUAUACUCGGAUUAAACAGUGUGUGCACAACAACUUGUUUGUAGAAAAAUACAAUAAAGGCUGUCGGCAACAGUUCCAUUGAUUUUGUUUUUGACAAAAUAACUGGCGUUUGACUCAAGUGCCAAUAUUGCUUAUAAAUGUUAGCACACAUCUCUAUCCCUGUCUUUGGUAUACAUACCGGUUCAUUGGGAUACAGUUUCAAAGUCAUGGUUCAGUGAACAUUGUGGCACAUACGACACAGCACAAUAAUGCCAUUGGCGACUGUUCUUUUCAAUGCUGAAUAUUUUGUACUGUAGGUAUUUAACAAUACAAGUGAAUCAUUGUGGAAAGCAGUGUAAAUGAAAUGAACGGGUAUAAAUUGCAACAUUUACUGUGGUGGAAAUACAUGCAUCCAUGAAUUAAAGUUGAAAUUCUGAAAAGAGAA